AUGCUCUUUACGCAUCUGCAAUCCAUCCUCAUCAGCAGCCUGGUCAGCCACAAUCAGCGCAGAGACGCACUGGAGGGGGGACAUAGUGGAGUGACUGGGAUCGCGGCGAAGGAGCACGUGGUCUUUGUUGAAGAAAAAGUGUUUGCGUCCGAAUGUCCAGCGCAGAAAGGGAAAGUCCUUGGUCCCGAGAUGCUCUGUUUAGGAAGCCGGUACCUACGUCUGGAUCUGAGCGAGCUUGGAGCUUCGGAGAUGAGAGAAGAGAGGCCCGCAGUGAGCCACACGUAA